AUGGAGAAACUGAACACUGCCGAUGGACAGCUUUUCAUCAAGAACCUUGCCAGUUUUGUACGAACCCAUGAGAAAGCGCUCGCCAACGCGCUCCAACUGAGGCGCCAACCCACUAGGGAUGGUCACUCUUCCCAGUCGGGCUCGACUUCGGGCUCGACCUCUUCUACUCUCGCCGCGGCCUUGUCCUUCGGAGCCCUGAAAUUCACAUCGCAGAGCGUCAAGCCUGCGAAAUUAACCCUCACCCCUCACCACCUCUUUUACCUUCUUUCCCGCUUCGAGGAGAUCCCUAUUGCCGUGGGCCCAAUGAAUGUUAGACUCGAGAACAUCCAUACAGACGUAUCGCAGUCCUACGUCUCAUUUUUGAACAAGCCUGCCAAGUCAAAGGGUGACAGAGACUCGAUUCACUCUGUGUCUAGUGUCCGUAGUGUCAUGUCUGGUAUGAGCAGUCUGUGGUCUUCAUUCGGAUUGAGUUCCAACACUUCUUCCUCCAAAUCCGAGAAAGCCAAGCUUGCUUUAGAAGCGGAUAUAAAAUACCUAUAUUCGGCCUUCACCAAGAUCCCAUGUCUACGCUUAGCCCCUGACCGUCGCGCCCGCUUGAUUCGUGGCUACGAGGAGUUCCCGUUUGACACCGCUGUUCCCCUACAUACCUUCAAGAAUUUGAGCGCCCUAGAGAUUAUCGAUAUAGACUUUCGCUCGUUCUACGGCUGGGACCGACUUUCGGAACAAUUGCGGUCUCUGACUCUAAAGAGGGCGAACAUCGAGGAUCCGGCAGACUUGUUGACGGGAAUUGUGUUGGACGACAUCGAUAAACGUCGGCGGCGGUCUUCGAAGUACCAGAACUCGCCUGUGCUAGGGUGGAAUGGAAACAGCAACCCUCAGCCGGUCAGCAGACACGAACCGAAAGGCUCUAUCUCUGCCCCUGGAUCCCCAAUCGCAGACACUGCGCUUGGGACCAGUGCUAGCCCUCAAGCAGCGUCUAUGAUAAGAUUAGCCUCUGAAGGAGCUAGACCUCGCCCACGGGCCGGAAGCAUUUCUCCUUCCCGUCCAGCGAGCUCGAAGCACUCCACCUACCGCCAUGGUAGAGGUCAGUCGUCGCGGAUAAGAAGGACCGGGUCCGGAAGCUCAAAUUCGAGUGAAAACUCGGGUUAUCGUACUGGAAGCUCUUCGAACUUGCUUGCCACUGUCCUCCCGCCAUCCAAGUGGCGGUUCCUGAGACACUUGGGUCUUGCCGACAACUCCCUCACUUCCGUCUCUGCCAUGGGCCUGGCUCCCGUUGCAAACACGUUGCAUUCUUUGGAUCUGUCUACCAACCUCUUCACCGAGGUCCCCGACAGUCUUGCAACUUUGGUGGCUUUGAGGGCGUUGAACCUGUCGAACUGCAUGAUAGAAUCUCUCCACUCUUUGUCUCGCAACCCCCUUCCUGCCAUCACUGCGCUUAAUCUUAGAGCCAACCGCCUCCGCUCUCUAGCCGGCAUUGAGCGGCUUCUGUCACUCGAACGGCUGGAUCUCCGCGACAACAAACUCUCCGACCCUACUGAGAUUGCCCGGCUAACCAAUCUCCCUGAGAUACGAGAGAUCUGGGUGGCGGGAAAUCCCUUUGUCAAGACACAUCCUAACUACCGCGUUGUGAUUUUCAAUCUGUUCCGUCGGACUCCUGGGUACUCCGAAGACAUCAUCAUCGAUGGUUCCGGACCGGGAUAUACUGAACGAAAGCAACUGGUUGAGAGAGUGGCAGAGCCGGAGGUUAUUCCGGUCAUACGAUCUACCGCAGCGGAUAACUCGACCCUUGUCAGCAAACACCCCAUUGCUCCUGCUGUUGGAACUCUGACUAGUCGGCUUGGUCAAGAUGUCGACAUCCUACAGGUAGAACGCCUUGCUGCUGAUGACAACGGCGUCGGAACCGGCCGCAAGAGGAAGAGUCACAGAAGAAGAAUUGCCGACCCGUCUGGAACGCUCGUAGUUGAUGGUGAUAGAGAUUCAGGCCGGAUCCUCUAG